UGCUCGACAUCGACCAGUGUUGUGCCAGAAAUUGAUUUGAGCCAGAAACUUAUUUCCGGUCCACAGGACAACUUUCUGCGUGCUGCUGCCUCCUAGUGGGAAGGGAUCAUAGAGUUAUAAAGGGAGAGAUCCACUGCCAUUUUAUUUUACUCUUCACCAAUAAUUUUUUCAAAGGAAUUAUUUGCAUUACUGCUCAAUAAACAUUAUUGCAAACUGCUUAUAUUUAGAUAUAGGUUAAUAGUGAUAUUUAAAUAUGCUAGACAUGGUUGGCAUAAUCGUAUGCUUAAAAAGUAAAGCAUAAGAAAUUAACAUAACAAACAACAUAAAAAAUAAAGAUAACUUAAUAGUUUAAGCCUGGUAUAAAUCUAGACGCUGAUUAAACGUCUAAAUCAAGGCUAAAUCUAAACUUUAUUGUAUAUUUAUCAAUGGCCAUUUGGAUUAUUACAUUGGCCAACAUUUGGCCAUCAUUUAUACAACUUACCAUAAGACCAUUUUUUGUUUAAGAUCAACAGCAUUGAAAGCGAUGUUUUAAGACUGGAGUUAGAGGUGGAGGUGCGGAGAAGGAGGUUCGGUUUGGUUGGACUGUGUGAGCUUGAUGGGACCCAGAGGGAGUGUCUCAUGAGAAGAGCUUUGGAGACCUGGCUUAUACGACCACAGUUUGUCUGUGUCCCGCUUGAGACUCUACGGGCGGACACACAUGAUCCAUACCGCUGUUGCUAUGCAACGGACCAAACUAUUUCUGUAUAUUUUUUCAUAAUGCUAAUUCUGUAAAUUUUUUGAUUAUACUUUUUAUUUUACUUUAAUCUUUUUUUUUUUAUCUUUCUUGUGUUUACUUUUAUGUGCAACAAAGCUACGGUGACGAUGUAAUUUUCCUCGUGGAUCAUUAAAGUCUCUCAACAUGUGGGUUGUUUGGUAUCUAACAGUUAAGCGGCUGGAUAGAAAAAUGCUGGAUCCUUUUCUGCCCUUUGACCCACACACAUAACACGCGCUACAGAAAGUGAAAAUAAAACUGUGGUGAUGACCCACAACAGUUAGUAAAGACAUUCACCUCAGUCUCCGGUCUGAUCAUUUUUUUCUUUCCGAGGAAAAGUUUUGUUUUGUUUUGUUUUCCAGUGAGGAAAUUGCUCAAAAAUCGAUGACUCUGACUUCAUAUCUGUGAUUCUGGACGGCAAUCGCGUCAUAUUUACCGGCUAUAAAGACACGUCGAGUUCUGCCCUCGGAGGAACACGAUAGCAUGGGUAGGCCGAGACUACUACGACUCUGAAAUGUGCAAAUAUGCUGAUGAUAGACCUGUUUAAGGAUGUCUAAACCUGUGUUGAUGAAUUCUUUCUCUUAUCUUACAGAUCAACAACUGAGAUAUGUGUGGCUCAUUCUGCUCUGGACACAAUGUGAGACAGCGCCCGUUUCACACAGCCUUGUGGUUUCUGUUCAGUCUCCCAACCUCGUGCGCCUUGGCCUCUCGGCCACACUGCCAUGCUGGCUCAAUCCACCUCAAAAUGCAGAAGAUCUGGAGGUACGCUGGUAUCGUGAUAACUAUGAUACACCUAUCCUGCUCUACAAGGCAAAGGCGUUUGAUGACACCCAGCAGGACGCUUCCUAUGCUGGUCGAGUCUCGUUUGGCUUAAAGGAUGCGACAUCCGGUGGACUGAAGACAGGUGAUGUCAGCCUUAAGCUGGUAAACACCACCAUUCAGGAUGCAGGGGAGUACACAUGUUACAUCACCAGUUUACAGGGUUAUGACAGUUCACCUGUGACUCUUGAGGUGACAGAAACGGGACGCUCACCUGUUCUAUCAGCAGUGCGGACAGAAGACAACAUGGUGAAUGUGAGCUGUGAAUCUGAAGGAUGGUAUCCUCAGCCUGUCCUGCGCUGGUCCGUCCAGCACAAGGAAUUGAAACCUAAAAGUCUGCUGUUCAACAAGGACUCUUCAGGUCUCGUUUCAGUCCACAGCUGGCUCCUUGUCCCCAGCUCCUCUAAAGUUUCCUGCUCAGUGGUGCUGCCUAAUAAAGACACAAGAGAAGCCACAUUGCUCCUGGAUUUCCCCCCUCAACCUGUGGGAACAGCUGGAUGGGUGGCCUUCGCCAUACUCCUUGUAGCUGCAUUAGCUGCACUGGGAGUGAUGUGCUACAAAAAGAAAGUGAAGAAAUCUAAGCAAAGCAGAGACAAACGUGACGCAGCAGGUGAACCCCUCCUACCAAAAGCACUGGCCAAUAAGAACUAUGUGAAUGUUAAACUUGAGGACACAGACACUCCAUUUCUCAAGAUCAGGAACAAUAAACUAAGAGAUACCACAUAUAACAAUGUUCCAGAAGGACCAAGAGUUACCUGUCGCACAGCCGUCAAAGGAUCACCUGGCUUCACUUCUGGACAACACUACUGGGAGGUUUCCCUGAGGUAUUCAGAUCGGGUAGAUGUCAAACAGUCCUGGUGGCUGGGAGUUACAGCCGCAAGAGAAAUUCCUAAUGAUUAUAAUUUUACUCCAAACACAUCUGAUGGUUUCUGGUUCCUGUCGUCUUCACCCGAUAGAGCAGAUAGUUUUCAAUUUAGCACAGAGCCAAAGGUUUUUUUUGCUUUCACUGAGAGACCGUCAAAAGUUGGUGUGUAUUUGGAUUACGACAAGGGAGAGAUUUACUUUUAUGACGUGGUAGAAAAAAGUCUGAUCGGAUCUUUGGCAGCGACAUUCACAGGUGAAGUCUUUCCGUUUUUCAAUCCUGGUAGAGGUGACACGUCUCCCAUGGAGAUACUACACAGGGAAGAACAGAAUCAGUCCAGUAACAACGCUGGGCCUCCUGAAAAGACAUCAGACGGGACAGGACAGAAUCAGUGUAGUGAGAACGUGGGUUGUGGAGGUGAAACAGCAGAAGCAUCUUAAUAUCAUCAGUAACAGAAGCUACAAGAAGGUACGACUACCACAAACGCAAUCAUUUUUAUAUUUCAGUGUUGUUCUUCUUUCUCCGGCUGAAAGGAAAAACACUUUAAUUCAUUUAAGUAAUUUUUCAUGAAAAAUGAGAAAAUCAGAAGAAAGAGUGUAGCUGAAAAUUUUGAACAUCUUAUUAACUCCCGUGCCAUUUGUCAGGUUUAAUGUCGCAUUGUGAGGGAUUUUAAGUAAAUAUAAUUGAACGGUUUAAACAAAUAUGCUCUGUAAAUACACCUUAGGAUCCAUUUCAAUCUGAGCAAGCAACGUUAGUAUGUACUAGUGUUGUUUGCACAGAUUAGAGGGAGAGUAAAACUGAACUGACAUAAACAAGCAAGACGUACUGUAAAUACUAAGGAACAGAGUCUGAUAGGUGGUGGUUUUUAGACCAAAACAAGUUGUUUGACCACGUUUCUGGUCAAAAUCAUAAGCUAAGCUAACUAGCUCAGAUUGAUUGUACAGAUAUCUGCCUGAAAUAAUCUUUUUUUUUCUUUAAAUGUGUGUAUUUUUUAAAUAUCUCUUGGAUAAACAUUAAGACCUGAAGGGAAACGUGUCAAAUCAGGAAUCUGGAAAUCACAGUGUGUGUUUGGCCUGUGAUAUUUAGUUGUGCAGUAUUUGUGAUUAAAUAAUGGGCACUCGUUCCACCUGACUUUAUCCAGUAGAUUUACUGUGCACUACAACAAAGACGAUUUCAUGUGUAUCCUCUAUGAAGUAGAGGUAGUUGCUGUGAAUUUAGUUAGUGUUUGCAGUGUAGUUAUUUAGAUGAUUUAGCUGUUGAUUUAAUUUUGUAAACACACAGUGGUGCUCAUUUAAAUGGUUUGGGACCACAGGGCAGACGCAGAAAGCCAGCUUUGUGCGUCACCUUUCAUAACUUGACAUGUGAAAGGAAGCAGAUUGUGGAGGUAAGAGAACGUCACCGGGUUAGUUUUAAGUGUAAGUACCACAGCGAUGUCUCACGUUUGUUUUGUGGUCUGUACAAAGCUAGUAAAGUGUGGAUUGUGACACUAAUGGAGGUAGAGACUUGGAGGAGACUGUGGGAAGGUUGUGGUGUUUCUACUUCUACUUCAAAGGAGAAAAAUGUGAACGAGAUGAACUAAAACACAGUCAGACUAAAAUCACUUCUGAGUGAAUUUAUUCUCUAUAUUGUCAUGAGCAGUUCUCAUGUAUUGUUGAUUCAACUCUUUGUUUUCUAGAUAUUAUUGACGACACUUUUAUAAUAUUGUUGCCUGUUUGUAAAAUGCAUCUGCGUCUUAAACUCUGUCCAAGCUGUAACACUACCACUUGGGAAUGCGUACUCGUUAUACUGAUGUGUCCGACACGUUUUUCUGAAUAAACAAUCAAUACUGGAUCUGUAUUUAUUAUUUCUAUUUCCUUCACUAUGUAAAAUUCAGUUUACAGUCCACUUUAAGAAAACACAGCAAAAUGUCAUACACUUUAAUAAGUACAGGUAGUAUUUACAGUAUGUACACAAUAACACAAUACUAACUUUAUAAUCACUACUGCAUACUUUCAUAGAUUAGGACGUAUUUACAUUGUGAAUAAGACCAUAUGUUGAUUCUGAAAUACAGCUUUAAAAA